AUCGUGUGGUCGUUCGAGCUUUGUGUGAAACCUUCCGAACUCUCUUCAUCAGAGCGGUGGAAUUCCUCUUCUCACCUUUGAGGAUUAUCCUUCUGUUAAAACUUCAUAAUCAGGAACUGAUAUUGUUCAUCAAAAAAUAAAAAGAGCUGGUAUUUCUUCUAUGGGUUUGUCCCUCUCCUUGCUUUCGUGGGGUUGGACAGGGGAUUGGACAGAAUUGAUAAGAAACAAGAUCUUUGGACUGAGAGAAGCAGAAGCUGCCUCAGUGAAUUCCAUUAGCUUUGGUGAGAAAGAUAUCAAGAUGACCCUGAGAUCUCUAAGUUUCAAAAGAAGUAAUUCAGCAACCAAAGUGGUGUCUAAUCUGUGUGCUAAUGGAGUCCUUGGGAAGUCAUUAAGCUUCAAAAACUGGGAAAGAGAAGAAACUAAGAUUGAAGCUACCGUUUCUUCUAAGAAUCAGGCCAUGGAUGACGUCGAACAAGUGCCUGUGUCCUUGAUGAGCCCAGUGAAGGGUGCAGUGCCUGAUGUGAAGUCUCCAGGGAGUCUUCCUGCAUUUUCUUCACCCAGGCCCCGGUGCGAGCUUGAUGCAGCAGCCACCAAGCUGCAAAAGGUCUAUAAGAGUUACCGGACGAGGAGAAAUCUGGCAGAUUGUGCUGUCGUGGUUGAGGAGUUCUGGUGGAAAGCAUUGGAUUUUGCAUCUCUCAAUCGCAGCUCUGUAUCAUUUUUUGGAGAUAAGAAACAAGAAACAGCAGUUUCCCGUUGGUCAAGGGCACGAACCAGGGCAGCCAAGGUCGGUAAGGGCUUGUCCAAAGAUGAAAAGGCUCAAAAGCUAGCACUGCAACACUGGCUUGAAGCUAUCGACCCACGCCAUCGUUAUGGGCACAAUUUGCAUUUUUACUACGAUGUUUGGUCUGCCAGUGAGAGCACUGAACCAUUCUUCUACUGGUUGGAUGUUGGAGAUGGCAAAGAAGUAAACAUUGAGAAGUGCCUAAGAAGCAAGCUUCAAAGCCAAUACAUCAAAUAUCUUGGACCGAAUGAGAGGGAAUCAUAUGAAGUCAUUGUGGAGGAUGGGAAGCUUGUCUACAAACAAAGUCAGGAGUUCGUGAACACUACUGAAGGUUCUAAGUGGAUAUUUGUCCUCAGCACUUCAAGGGCAUUAUAUGUGGGGCAGAAGAAAAAGGGCACGUUUCAACACUCAAGUUUUCUAUCUGGGGCAGCCACAACAGCUGCUGGAAGAUUGGUUGCUAAAGAGGGGGAUCUCAAGGCUAUAUGGCCAUAUAGUGGUCAUUAUCUCCCAACCGAAGAAAAUUUCAAGGAGUUCAUUAGCUUCCUACAGGACCACAAUGUAGACCUCAGCAAUGUCAAGAGAUGUUCUGUUGACGACGACGAGUACUCCUCUUCAAUGACGCGUGAGCAUCAGCCAACAGCAGAAGUAUCAAAGUUGGCCGAAGUCGUAGAGUCUGCAAUUAAGGUUCACAAAGUUGAGGAACCUGCAAAAGAGACUGCCAAGCCAGACCAUGUUAUCGAUAGCAGCAUGGACAAGGCAGCUGCAUUCGAAUUGGGCAGACGGCUAUCAUGCAAAUGGACUUCGCCUACCGGGGCUCGUAUUGGAUGUGUUAGGGACUACCCAGCUGAACUCCAACAUAAGGCUCUUGAGCAAGUUAAUCUUUCACCCAGAGUUGUCAUCACCCCCCAUGGAAGCAAGGUCCCAAUCCCCUCCCCACGCCCGAGCCCCAAGGUGAGGCUUUCACCUAGGCUUCAGUAUAUGGGCAUCCCUACCCCCACUGUCUACCUUACUCUGCCCAAGCCAAAGAGGGGAUGAAUUGGAGGCAUUUCUCGUGCCAAUUCAACUUCCUAUGCUGAUUCCCGUAGAGCUUUUGAUCAAAAUCUUGCAGUGCCAAUUUUGAUCUUUGGCACCCAAGCCUCGUGCCAUUAACAAAACAAACUACGCAGUGGAAGCUCAUGGAACACGACUGCCAACCUAUUCGCAAUUUUUCUUUAGUUUUCCUUUCUUGACAUUUUAGUUAGAGAUUGUUUCUUUGAGCUGAACGUAAGUUCUUUGUUUUCCUUUAUUCUUUUAGUUUUGGACCCGACAAAUGCAUGCUAAUCCAUAGAGUGUAAAGUAUGCCAUUCUUUUAUGUAGAUGUGGAGAUGGAUGUUAAGAGAAUUCUUUUGUUCAAGAAAAUAAAAUUCUUUUGAUAUUUC